UUGAUUCCAGAUCAAACAGAUGCAUACAGGCUAUUGGCCUUCAAAACUGAAGAAUAAGCAUCUUUAAUUGAAAUAAAGUUGAUAAAUAACAGUUGUAUCAUCAGUAAGGAAGUUCAAAAAGUUCAUAAGAGGAAGAUGUCUUUAACUGGUUCAAACUCGUGCUCUGAUGUGGCUGCCCCGUCAUAUUUGAGCAUUAUCGCUGCCACCGCGGACUCCAUCCUUGCCGUUGCAGCCAUCGUUGGUAACUUGUUGGUUCUACUUGCUGUCAUUCUUGAUCCAAAUCGUAAUCUGCGAUGUCGGUUUAACUAUUUCGUGGCUAAUCUAGCUGCUGCUGAUUUGAUGAUGGGAUGCUUGGGACUCCCCAUGUCUGUAGAAUUCCACAUUCGAGAGUCGCUGACUGAUGAAGUCUUCCAACUUGAUCACCCUCGAGAUCAUGUUAGGAUGAUUAUCAUUUUAAUCUCGUGUACAGCCUCUAUAUUGAGCUUUACUGCCUUGACUAUAGACAGAUUUAUUGCCAUCAAAGAUCCGCUCGGGUACAGGACCAGGAUGACUACUAAACAGGCCCUUGUUGUGUCAUUUCUUAUAUGGUUUAUUUCCAGUGGACUUCCGUUUCUGUAUAUUUACAAGGGCUAUAUGAAUAGUCGGUUUUUCAUCGCUAACUUAGCUGUUGUAGCUACUUUCGCCGUGCUGUACCUCAAUUAUUUCAAAGUCUUAAGACAUUUUAACGCUCAAGCUGCUAAUCGGAAUGCCUUGUACGAUGGCCAAGGCCAAGACAACUGGGCAAAAAGGAGAGCUCUCAAAUGGCAGACGAAAAUUACCAAAACUUUUGUGAUCAUGUUAUUGCUGUUUAUUUGCUGCUUUUCCCCAGCAAUGAUUUUCAUUUAUAUAGUCAGCUUUUGUGCAAGGUGUUCUUGUAUUUUCAUUCACUGGGUAAGGGAUUUAAACGGCAUUUUAUUUCGUGCAAACUCAAGUAUGAACCCUUUCGUCUUUGCCUGGAGACUGAAACGUUACCGUGCCGCUUUCGUUAAAAUUCUAAGAUGUGGAAAAACUCUGCAAAAACAUGGAUUCACUUUAUCAGACUUGGGUACUUCUAUGAAUAACUUAGGAUUUGCAGUAUCUGGGACCUACAAAUAUCACGGCAAUGAGGAGACUUAGAGAAGGUUUUUUUGGAGCUGCAAUGUUUACUACGAGAUGCAAAAAACAUAGGAUAGCAUACGGGAUUUCUCGUCGUUUAUGGAACUAUGCUCCAAACAUCGCAAGUGCAAUGUUCUGGAAUUUCAGAGAGCUGAAACAUCUUUGAACCGGUCAAACUGGCCAUCGCACUGGAAGUGACUCGUAUAUGGAUGCAUACUGGUUUAUUGUGUAAAUGCAAUUACUUAGUUGUGAGGAACCCUCACAGGCUAUUUCUCAGGUAUUACCCAGGAGAUAGAUUAAAAUAGAAUAAAACAGAAUGAAUAAAUUUAAUAUAACCCAAGGUAGCGCCUCUGAAAGAGCUAAGUGCUAUUUGUAUAAGUUACCUGUUUGUAAAUUCAGUGCGGAGGAUGAAAAGUACUGGUUGUUUACACCUUUAAAGACUGAGGUGUCGAACGUGCUAAAUUGAAAUUUAAUAAAUAUUUCCUUAAUCGGGAAUUCCACAUAGAGUUAACCUAAGAACGAGAAUAUCAAAGAAGUUAAAAAUAUGGGAAGGGUUAUUUCAAGGAAAUGCUUGUACGGAAUCAAUUGCUUUGAGGUAAGGUCGUUUUAUUCGUCGUUAAGGAUAUCGAACAAAAGAACAGUUUUUUUGAUUUGAUCAAUUAUCAAUUACUUUGUGUGCCUAGUUACGAUCUUAGUUACAAUAUUAAUCUUUUUCCUAUUGGUUUGUGAUCGGAUCUUUUAGCGUCACCACGCGCAUAUAAAAGCUAAGUUAGCGUCCCUUUAAGCCAGAGUUUCGCAAGAUUUCGCCUUGAAUAGUAGUACCUUCGUUCUUUCGUUCUAAACCUUUGGCAUAAGCGGGACCGAUAUGUAAGUAAUUUUGUUAGUUUUAUUUCAAUGUGUUUAAGUUUAGUUUUUCACCAUGGGCGAUAGCGCACAUUUGUACUGUUUUGUACAAUAGUGCAACUAAUUAUCUUGAAAUCAAAAGAGUAAUUUGAAAGAACUAGACGCUCAGACAGCAACGCCCACAUUUUAGUCUUUGGGCUGUUAACCAGCCGCAAGUGUUCAUCGUGUUGCCGAUCUUUGAAUCUCGAGUAGUUUUAAUUUAGCCUUUAUGAUUUGUUUCUGUUAAUUUACGUUAAUUGUUUUUAUUUUAAUCGCGUUAUCGACAUAGGCACGUCUUUGUCUUCGUGAUCUGAAUAAACACCGUUAACCGUCA